ACACAGACAGUGCAGACGUACUGUGACAGGGUAUUUUCUCUUUUUUGUACUCAGUGCUGUUCUCCAGCGCACGCUGUGUUAACAGUGCAUGUUUCCUCAGCAUGUUUUGGCACGGACAGACAAGGCUUGACAGAGCUCAACAAUCACCGUAAGGCUCUCCGAAAGGGACUGUUGAAUUUGACGGAUCAGAGUGAGAAGGGGGAUCUGUGGCUGAGGAGAGAAGAUUCAAGGCUGAAAAAGCUACAACCACCUCCAGACGAAGGAUUUAACUUUGUGAUACCUGCCUGGAAACAUCUUUAUUACACUUCUCCUUUCUGUUACUGUAAUAUUGCAAAAAAAAAUAAUAUCACCACUUUGACUGCAACUUCUACUGCUACUGUGGAAGUAGGGCAGAUUUCAGCACUUUGAUGUCCAGCCAACAAAAUAUGUCUACAGAUAGAAUGCUUGACCACUGCAAAGCACCAAAUAAUGGGACUUACCAAGCCCUCUCCUAUCUGAUGAUAGGAGAAUUUGUGCUGGGUUUGCCUCUCAACCUGUCCGUCCUCUACAUCUUCGUCUUCAGGUUCAAGUUCUGGAAGAACAAAAGCAUCUUCCUGUUCAAUAUCGUGGUUGCGGAUUUCUUGCUUGUGGCCUUACUUCCUGUCAAGGUCUACCAUUACCAGCACGGCGUGAGGCGCAGCGACAAUGAUGUGGUUUGUAAAAUGAUGCUUUUCAUGCUGUUUCUCAACCGAGGAGCCAGCAUAGCCUUCCUCAUCAUCCUGUCCCUCGAUCGCUACUUCAACGUGGUCCAUCUUGGAAGGAGAAAUUGUGUCAACGUGUUUAAGAAAUCUCCUCAGAUCUCUGUCAUCGUCUGGCUCCUCUUGCUUCCCCUCACCAUCCCCACCAUGGUCAAGACUUUUGAGUGCUGCAACAGUCACGGCCGUGUAAAGGAGACGUAUGCGCACGAUGUGACGGACACCUUUAGAGAGGUGGUCUUCUUUAUCCAGAUCAUUAUCCCCUUCAUCAUCCUGGUCUACUGCACGGUACGCAUUGUCAGCCGGCUGAAGAAGAAAACAGUCGGGGAGAAGACCAAACUGAGGAGAGCUGUGUGCGUGGUCAUGUCAGUUGUUGUUGUCUUCGCCAUCUGCUUCCUGCCCUGCGCUAUAGCCAGAGCCGUGCUGCUGGGCGUCCGGCUGCAAAAUAUGCAGGGAGCAGAGGACAUAGCGGUUCAGGUGUACGACAGCCUCAUGGUUUUGUCUUACACUGACUGUCUGCUGGACCCGCUGGUAUACUGCUUCUGCAACUCAGGGUUCAAAGAUGCUUACAUAUCCACCUUCUGUCCUACAUUUCUUCAGAAGAAACUGUUGACCUAUGACUCUGGGAUGGGAACCAAAGCAACUACCACAACUUCUGGAGGUAGAACUAAUUCAGUGCCGAUAAUCGAGAAAUGAAUGUUUUUUUUCUGAUAAACUGAGAUCCUAUCUCAAUGGUAGCAUAGGCAUUGUAUUUACUAUUACAUAUCAGUGUGGACAUCAGUGAUCCACACACACAGUGGAUUUUAAGCUAAUCUGACAGAUUAUUCUCUGAAAAAUCUCAGAAAAACCACGUUGACAUUUUAAGGUCAUCAAAUGCCCUUUACUAGAAGGUGGCACACAUGGCAUGUGGUGAGUCUGUCGACCAGAAUGCAGGUCACAGAUCAUCAUACACUAAAAAAACAGAUCAGUGUUUUUAAAAGCCUUCUACAGGAGACAAAGAAAACCUUUUGCACUUUUGCAAUGUCAAAUGCAUACUGACGUAGACUCAGUAAGAUGUCGUUAGAUUGUCAUCAGUAGUUCUGUUAUCUCUCCUUGUAAAUAAAUCACCAAAUCGCAACCUGCACAUUUACAUAUGAAGGUGGUUGCUCAACCAAAAUAUUACAAACAUGAAUGUAGGUGUACAGAGCAUUUAGGUGGAAAAACAGGUUCACUUAUAAAGUCGAGAUCCUGUCUGACUGGUGCACUCACAUGGCUUUAUAUUAUGUAGCUGCUGCCUGAUCUAAUGCAAAAUUCAGCACUUAUUUGUAACGAUAGGAAACAAUGUGUUAGAUGUAAAUGUACAUAUCAGCUGCAUGCUUUAAAUAGUACAAUUUAAAUAGAUAUUUAACAGCAUUAUUUACUUGAAUAUAUUGAAGCAUUUUUUAUUUAUUAGGAUCUCUUUCAAACCAGAUGUGAAGGAUCCGAGAUUAUGGCAUUUCUCUUGUGACUGCAUAUGCUGGCCUUGCAAUACCUACAGAGUAAUCAGCAUUAUAGUGUGGAGAGCCCAACAUACGGUUUAGCAGCUUGUUAAAAGUCACUGUACUGAAUGUUUGCAGAGUUCUCAUUUACCUCUCAGGACACUCUGCAUAGCUUAGCAUCAUGUUUAUUAUCUAUACCUCGAAUCAGCUGGAUCCGUCCUUAUGGGGGUUCACAGUCAGAGCAUAUUGUGAAUUGUGAAUUCUAUUAUGUGUUCUGACAUUGCCCCCAAAAUGCACAUUUAUAUGUCAAUGCCUUACAGCUGCGUCAUCUGUCUUGAGGAAGUCAUUUCUUUCUGUGGUCUCACUCACGCUGCUUGUCUCAAGCCUCACCGAUUGUUCAUGUUGUUGAAUGUUGUAAACGAGUAUUGUGGUGUUCCAACCACCACUCCAAAAAUGUCAAAUCCAAGUGGACGACGAAAACCUGGAGAGCCGUAUUAAACCUUCCUCAUUUAAACUGUGUACAUUUUUUUGCAAUUCUGAUGAUCUAAAUUGAAUUAUUUGUAUAAGACUGUGAUACUGACUGAAGAUCUUUGUUUACUGCUGCUGUAAAUACACAGAACAUAUCUAAGGGAGAGAGUCCGCAAGAGAAGAGUGUUGUCUUCUCUCUGCAAAACAUCUCAUUACAUUAAAAUGUAGACUACUGUCAUAUAAACACAA